AAAUUAUAAAGACCUUUACGAAAACGAAAGACAGAAAAAACGUCUUUGAGAAGAGAAAGAAGACGAAAUGGCGAAUAAAGGAGCUCUGUUAUCUCUGUUUGUCAUGACAUCACUGGUUUAUUGUACGAUGGUGAAUGCUGGACUCAAUCAAACAUCGGAAUGCACAAUGGGGCCUUCACCUUGUUGUCGCGGACGUGACGGUCGUGACGGCCGUGAUGGAAGAAAAGGAGAAAAAGGCGUGCGUGGGAAGACUGGACUCCAGGGACCUCCUGGUCCCAACGGAAAACCCGGCAUACCUGGGGACGAGGGCCCUCCCGGUGUGAAGGGAGAUCGUGGAUACCCCGGGAGACCAGGUGCAGCCGCUGUCCUGAACUGGAAAGAGUGCGUAUUCAACUUCCUAAAUGAUGGCAGAGACAACGGACUUAUUAAGGAGUGUUUAUUCACCAAGCAUCGGGAUGAUACAGCUCUCCGUGUUUUCUGGAAUGGAGCCCUUCGCGUGCAUGGCUGCACUGGAUGUUGCAAGCGUUGGUAUUUCACUUUCAACGGUGCUGAAUGUUCAGGUCCCUCGCCAAUUGAUGGUGUUGUGUACUUGGAUGGAGUGUCAAAGAGCGCAGAUCCCCAUCGUGUCCGCCAUAUUGAGGGACACUGUACUAACGUCCAUAAGGGCAAGGUGCGCGUGGGGUUCUGGGUCGGUAAUUGCCCCGGUCAUGGAGAUGCAGACGCUUACAGUGGCUGGAAUUCGGCUUCCCGCAUCUACGUUGAGGAAGUGCCAAAACCUCAGGAGUAGAUCCCAAAGCAGCUUGAUUCUGAUGGAACAGAAAGUAGCUGCUUGAAUAAGGAAAGGACAAUUCUCGAAAUCUCUAAAGUAAUUACAGUAACUGAAUAAA